GAGUCACCGACCCAUCUUUUUUUUCUCUUCGCGUCUCCAGCUUUCCACUCAGUUCACUGGUUUUAAAGUACACUGCUUCAGUCGAUUCCCUAUUGGCGUAUGCAUGUAUAUGCUUAACCAAAGUUAGCAGCGCCCGAACGUGAACCGCUGGAGCGCCGAUUGUGGUCCAACGAAGAAGAGCUGCAAAUAAUCAGGUCUAGAUUCGGAUUUCACCUCAAUUCUGACCCGGGACGAUUCGGACCCACAGUGAAGAGAACCGGGAUAUCCGCCACUCACACAAAAGGCGUCUCGACCUCGUUGCAUCCUUCGCGUCUUUUUGCUAUGACGUGCUUUUUGUCCCUUUCAGCCUCAUCAUAACCGUGCCAAUGGGGCCCGCCGACUUUAGCGACGGCCUCGCGGCCUCGCAGCAGCAGAGGAUACUAGGGACAGGCUCCUUCUCCGGCUAUCGUCCCGUCGUAUUCGAGCUAGGGAGCGGCUAUCUCAGCGCCACACGUACGUCGAAGCAGCCCUUCUGCGGCAACGAAGAGGGUUGGGGUCCUUUAAGUCCGUUUCGAUAUGACUUCACGCCGUGCUUUAUCGACGUAUGGGUGGCAUCGGUGGCGGCGUUUGGCAUUGUUGUGGGCGCCAUGGCCGUGUGGUGGUUGCUGAAGAGGAAGCAGCCGAGCCCCGUAUCAAAGGAUUGGCAUUUUUGGACCAAGCAGACUCUUCUCGGCCUCAUGAUCGCCGAUGUGACAGUGCAGCUGGGUUUCCAAAUCAUCAGCUAUCGGGAUAUUUGGUACGGCGACUUCAGGGUCUACACCACGGCGGCUACGAUACUCUCGCUAUUCGUCAUCUUCACAAUUCAAUGGCUUGAGCAUUCGCGUCUGCGCAACGCCAAUGGUGUCGUCCUCUUCUACUGGCUCUUCCUCCUGAUCGCCCUGUCCGUCAAGCUCCGCUCCCUCAUCUCGCAGCAAGUCAUCGCCAAAAACCUGCCCUACUUUGUCACAUACUGUGUAGGCUUUGGCCUCUCGUUUGUUGUCUUUUUCUUUGAGUGGCUCUGGCCCAAAAGAAACUCGGCGUACGAGGCACUUGUCGACCCCGACGAAUGUCCGGUGGAAUACGCCACUGUCUUCUCCAUCCUAACCUUCUCGUGGAUGACGCCCCUGAUGAAGUAUGGCUACUCCACCUUCCUUACCGAGGAUGAUCUCUGGGGUCUGUCAAAGAAGGACGCUACCAAGUCCACGGGCGAGGCGUUUGACAAGGCCUGGAAACAUGAGCUCGACCACCGCAAGCACCCCUCCCUCUGGCGCGCCCUCUUUGGUGCUUACGGUGCCCCGUACGUGCUUGCGGCCAUCUUCAAAGUUGGCAACGAUAUCUCCCAGUUCACCCAGCCGCAGCUCCUGAGAUACCUCAUCUCUUUUGUCGACUCGUACAGGGAUGGGCAGGAGCCGGAGCCGGUGAUCAAAGGUGCCGCCAUCGCUCUGGCUAUGUUCGGUAUCGCUGUUUUCCAGACGACAAUGAUCCAUCAAUACUUCCAGCUUGCCUUUGUCACUGGUAUGAGAAUAAAGGGUGGCCUGACUUCUGCCAUCUACAAGAAGGCGUUAAAACUCUCAAACGAAGGCCGAUCCUCCAAGACCACCGGAGAUAUCGUGAACUACAUGGCGGUCGAUGCCCAGCGGCUCCAGGACCUCACUCAGUUUGCUCAGCAACUGUGGUCUGCCCCUUUCCAGAUCAUCAUUUGCAUGCUAUCGCUCUACCAGCUGGUUGGAUGGUCAAUGCUGGCAGGCAUUGCCGUCAUGAUCAUCAUGAUCCCAAUCAACGGCAUGAUUGCACGGUUCAUGAAGAACCUGCAAAAGCAGCAGAUGAAAAACAAGGAUGCGAGGAGCCGUCUGAUUGCCGAGAUCGUCAACAACAUGAAAAGCAUAAAGCUGUAUGCCUGGGGUGCAGCCUUCAUGAACAAGCUCAACUACAUAAGAAAUGACCAGGAGCUGAAAAAUCUUCGCAAAAUUGGCGCUGGCCAGGCCUUUGCCAACUUUACAUGGUCAACCACCCCGUUCCUGGUGUCAUGCUCAACGUUUGCUGUGUUCGUGUUUACUAACGAUCGUCCUUUGUCGACUGACAUUGUCUUCCCGGCCCUCGCAUUAUUUAAUCUUCUUACCUUCCCACUGGCGGUUCUUCCCAUGGUUAUCACCUCGAUUAUCGAGGCAAGUGUUGCCGUUGGUCGGCUUACCUCGUACCUGACAGCUGAGGAGAUUCAGCCCGAUGCCAUUGUUGUGAAGCCACCGGUUCAGAGCGUAGGAGAGGAGACAGUCCUUAUCCGCGAUGCUAGCUUCUCUUGGAACCGUCAUGAGAAUAAGACCGUUUUGAGGGACAUCAACUUUAGCGCGACUAAGGGUGAACUGUCAUGCAUCGUCGGUAUGGUCGGGGCAGGCAAGAGCUCUUUUCUGCAAAGCAUUCUCGGGGACUUGUGGAAGAUCAAGGGCGAGGUCGAGGUCCACGGGAUGACGGCGUAUGUGAGCCAGUCACCCUGGAUCAUGAACGCUACGGUCCGGGAAAACAUCGUCUUCGGUUACCGCUACGACUCGAAUUUCUACGAAAAGACGGUGAAGGCUUGCGCUCUCCUCGAUGAUUUCGCCCAGCUCCCUGACGGCGACGAGACCGUUGUCGGAGAGCGAGGCAUCUCGCUCAGCGGCGGCCAGAAGGCUAGAGUUGCCCUGGCGAGGGCAGUGUAUGCGAGAGCGGAUAUCUACCUGCUGGACGACUGUCUCUCUGCUGUCGAUUCCCACGUCGGGCGUCACAUUAUCGAUAAUGUUCUUGGCCCCAAGGGACUGCUCGCUUCCAAAACCAGGAUCCUGGCUACCAACUCGAUUCCUGUCCUCGUAGAGUCAGACUACAUUUGCCUACUCAAAGACGGCGAAAUCGCUGAGAAGGGAACAUAUCGACAGCUCAUGGCCAUGAAAGGCUUGGUGUCUGAUUUGAUCAAAACAGCAGGCCAGAACGAGUCAGGCCAGAAUUCGCUGGUGGGAACCCCUAGUGGUAGUGGCAGCGACAGCGAGACUUCUACAGUCAUCGAAGCCGCGAGCAGCAGCCAAGAAAAGGGUGAACUCGAAGAAGCCCAGGAAGGACUGGGGACUCUUCAGGCCAUCAGGCCAGGGCCUGGCAGCUCCUCGCUCGAGGGACGAAAGCCGCGGACAGGAAGUAUGGCUACCCUGAGACGGGCGAGCGCUGCCAGCUUCAGGGGCCCCAGGGGGAAACUUCACGACGAGGAGAACCCGAGUAGCAGGACAAAGCAAGCCAAAGAGCACUCCGAGCAAGGCAAAGUGAAGUGGUCAGUCUACGCCGAAUACGCCAAAACAAGCAACCUAGUCGCCGUUGCCAUCUAUCUGAUUACCCUUGUCGCCGCCCAGACAGCGCAGAUUGGUGGCAGCGUCUGGCUCAAGCACUGGACCGAAACAAACACCAAGGCCGGAGGAAACCCCGACGUUGGCAAAUUUCUUGGAAUCUACUUCGUAUUCGGAGUUGGUGCUGCAGCCCUGACGGUGGUGCAAACAUUGAUCCUGUGGAUUUUCUGUUCCAUCGAGGCAUCGAGGAAGCUACAUGAGAGGAUGGCCACGGCGAUUUUCAGGUCUCCCAUGUCAUUCUUCGACGUAACACCAGCCGGCCGUAUCCUGAAUAGGUUCUCAAGUGACAUCUAUCGUGUUGACGAGGUUCUUGCACGGACGUUCAACAUGCUGUUCAACAAUCUCGCCAAAUCAGGCUUCACGCUUGUGGUCGUGUCCGUUUCAACGCCCGCAUUCAUCGCCCUGAUCAUUCCCCUGAGCGCCAUGUACCUCUGGGUCCAGCGGUACUACUUGCGGACAUCGAGAGAGCUGAAGAGGCUGGACAGUGUGAGCCGCAGCCCAAUCUACGCUCACUUCCAGGAGUCCCUGGGCGGUGUCUCUUCCAUUCGUGCGUAUCGCCAGCAGGAUAGAUUUGAGCUCGAGAAUGAGUGGCGAGUCGAUGCCAACCUUCGGGCCUAUUUCCCGUCCAUCAGCGCCAACCGAUGGCUGGCGGUGAGGCUCGAGUUUCUUGGCGCUGUAGUUAUCCUGGGUGCCGCUGGAUUCUCAGUCAUUUCGGUCGCCGGCCACAGCGGUCUGACCUCAGGCAUGGUCGGCCUUGCCAUGUCUUAUGCCCUGCAGAUCACGACAUCACUCAACUGGAUUGUCCGUCAGACAGUAGAGGUCGAGACCAACAUCGUGUCUGUGGAACGCGUCCUUGAGUACGCUCGCCUGCCAAGCGAGGCUCCCGAGAUCAUUCACCGCAACAGGCCGCCCGUGAGCUGGCCGUCGCGCGGUGAGGUCGAGUUCAUCAAUUACAGCGCACGGUACCGUGAGGGCCUUGACCUCGUGCUCAAGAACGUCAAUCUGGAUAUCAAGCCGCACGAGAAGAUUGGCGUCGUGGGACGCACAGGGGCUGGCAAAUCUUCGUUGACCUUGGCAUUGUUUAGGAUUAUCGAGCCGGCCACAGGCAACAUCAGCCUUGACGGUCUCAACACCUCUACCAUCGGCCUGCUGGAUCUUCGGCGGCGUCUUGCCAUCAUACCACAGGACGCCGCUCUCUUCGAGGGGACAAUCCGGGAUAACCUCGACCCGGGACAUGUCCAUGAUGACACGGAACUCUGGAGCGUUCUUGAACACGCCCGGCUAAAGGACCAUGUCGCCAGCAUGGAAGGCGGUUUGGAGGCCAAGAUAAACGAAGGAGGAUCCAAUCUGUCCCAGGGUCAGAGGCAGCUGGUGUCGCUUGCGCGCGCAAUGCUCACCCCGUCCAACAUUCUGGUUCUCGACGAGGCCACAGCAGCCGUCGACGUACAGACAGACGCCAUGCUCCAGGCCACGCUGCGCAGCCCGCUGUUUGCCAACCGCACCAUCAUCACGGUCGCGCACAGGAUCAACACCAUCAUGGACAGCGACCGCGUCGUGGUACUUGAGAAGGGCGAGGUAGUCGAGUUUGAUACGCCCAAGGAGCUGCUCAAGAAGAGGGGUGUGUUUUAUGGCCUCGUGAAGGAGGCCGGAUUGGAUACAGAUGAUGGUUGGCUUGCGGGAGGGAGCGGAUGAAGCUGGGAAGGUGUGAAGUAAAGUGAGUUUUCGGCUUGGCGUGGGAAGGACUUGGAAAACGAUAGGUAGAAGCCAAAUAGUCCAGAAAAACAAAUCCUAUGUAGAAUAAAAUGUAUGUAUGUACGUACGUAAGGAAUAAGCGGAC